AUGGUUUUUCAUUGCUUUUCUCCACCCUCCUUCUUGGAACCUAAAUAUCUGCUCGAUCCAGUCUCCUGUUGCAGCCUCUCUACUUGCUCAAGAAGGACUGCCAUCUUCUCUUCCAUGGUAUCAAGUUUAUUUUCAAUCUCAUCUGCCGUGUGUUCACCUUCUUGCAGAGCCUUCCAAGCUUGUGCAAAUUCUUUGGGGUCAACACCCCUAUUAUUGGUAGUAUCCUCCACGGUCAUACAAGAAAAUGUCUAA